CGAUGGAGCGGUGGGAUGCUAAGGGCUGCCGCGGGGGACUGUAAUGUCAGAGUCCAACAGCCCCGGCGAGAGCCAGCGUGGCGCUCCCAAAUUCUUCGUGGGCUGCGAGGACGAUGAAAGCGAGGUCCUGGAAGGUAGCCUAAAGACAGACAUGGAGCUGUUUGAGGACGACGAAGACACAGACUCGCCCCCAGAGCAACAGAUAGUGGUGGGGAUCUGUUGCAUGAUGAAGAAGUCCAAGUCCAAGCCAAUGACCCAGAUCCUGGAGAGGCUGUGUAAGUUUGAGUACAUCACCGUGGUCAUCUUCCCAGAGGACGUCAUCCUCAACGAGCCUGUGGACAAAUGGCCUCUGUGUGACUGCCUCAUCUCCUUCCACUCCAAAGGAUUCCCGUUGGAUAAGGCUGUGAGUUACGCCAAACUGAGAAACCCUCUGCUUAUCAACGACCUGAACAUGCAAUACUAUAUUCAGGACAGGAGAGAGGUGUAUCGUAUCCUGCAGGAGGAAGGGAUUGAGCUGCCACGCUACGCUGUGCUGAACCGUGACCCAGAUAAACCAGAUGAGUGUAACCUGGUAGAAGGAGAGGACCACGUGGAGGUGAAUGGAGAGAUUUUCCAGAAGCCUUUUGUGGAGAAGCCUGUCUGUGCUGAAGACCACAACGUCUACAUCUACUACCCCACCUCUGCAGGAGGAGGCAGCCAGCGGCUCUUCAGAAAGAUUGGGAGCAGGAGCAGUGUCUACUCUCCUGAGAGCAGCGUGAGGAAGACGGGCUCUUACAUCUAUGAAGAGUUCAUGCCAACUGAUGGAACGGAUGUGAAGGUUUACACCGUUGGACCGGACUACGCUCAUGCUGAAGCCCGAAAGUCUCCAGCUUUGGAUGGGAAGGUGGAAAGAGACAGUGAGGGGAAGGAGGUCCGCUACCCUGUCAUGCUCUCAGCAAUGGAGAAGUUGAUGGCUCGUAAAGUGUGCCUGGCAUUUAAGCAAACUGUGUGUGGCUUCGAUCUUCUCCGCGCUAACGGACGCUCCUACGUGUGUGAUGUCAAUGGUUUCAGUUUUGUGAAGAACUCCAUGAAAUACUAUGAUGACUGUGCCAAGAUCCUUGGGAAUAUUGUGAUGCGUGAGCUGGCCCCUCAUUUUCAGAUACCAUGGUCCAUCCCAACUGAGGCAGAGGACAUCCCCAUUGUUCCCACCACCUCAGGAACCAUGAUGGAGCUACGUUGUGUCAUCGCUGUCAUCCGUCACGGAGACAGAACUCCCAAACAGAAGAUGAAGAUGGAAGUUCGCAAUCCCAUGUUCUUUGAGCUGUUUGAAAAAUACGAAGGAUACAAAACAGGGAAAUUAAAACUGAAAAAGCCUAAACAGCUACAGGAGGUGCUGGAUAUCACGCGGCUACUAUUAGCUGAACUAGAGCAACAAAAUGAUUGUGAGAUUGAAGAGAAAAAGUCCAAAUUGGAGCAGCUGAAGACCGUUUUAGAAAUGUAUGGUCACUUCUCUGGGAUCAACAGGAAAGUGCAGCUUACAUACCUUCCCCAUGGGCAGCCUAAAACCUCAAGUGAAGAGGAAGAUAACCGUAAGGAAGGUCCAUCUCUGCUGUUGGUGCUAAAGUGGGGAGGAGAACUGACUCCAGCAGGCCGAGUUCAAGCUGAGGAGCUGGGACGAGCUUUCCGCUGUAUGUACCCGGGAGGACAAGGAGACUAUGCUGGAUUUCCAGGGUGUGGCUUGCUGCGUCUGCACAGCACCUACAGGCACGACCUGAAGAUUUACGCCUCUGAUGAAGGCAGGGUGCAGAUGACGGCUGCAGCGUUUGCAAAGGGCUUGCUGGCUCUGGAGGGGGAGCUGACCCCUAUCUUGGUCCAGAUGGUGAAGAGUGCCAACAUGAACGGACUGCUGGACAGCGACAGCGACUCUCUAAGCAGCUGCCAGCACCGAGUCAAGGCUCGGCUCCAUGAAAUCCUGCAGAGGGACCGCGUGUUCCUGGAGGAGGACUAUGACAGGCUGGCGCCGACCUCUAGCGUCUCUUUAGUAAGUUCAAUGAAAAUAGUCCAGAACCCAGUGGCCACCUGUGACCAGGUCUACACCCUCAUUCAAAGCCUAACCUCACAGAUCCGCAAAAGAAUGGAAGACCCCAAAUCUGCUGACCUGCAGCUGUACCACAGUGAGUCCCUGGAGCUGAUGCUGCAGCGCUGGUCCAAACUGGAGAAAGACUUCCGUAUGAAGACUGGUCGCUACGACAUCAGUAAGAUUCCUGACAUCUACGACUGCGUGAAGUACGAUGUUAUACACAACGCCUCACUGGGCCUUCAGGACACAGAAGAGCUGUUCAGACUGUCUCGAGCUUUGGCUGAUAUUGUCAUCCCACAGGAAUAUGGCAUAAACAAAGCAGAGAAACUGGACAUUGCAUAUGCGUACUGUCUUCCACUGGUCAGAAAGAUACAGCUUGACCUGCAGAGAACCCACGUGGACGAGUUUGUCAACAAACUGCAUCCUCUGUACUCUCGCGGUGUCCUGUCACCAGGCCGUCAUGUCAGGACUCGGCUUUAUUUCACCAGUGAGAGUCACGUCCACUCCCUUCUCAGCAUUUUCAGAUAUGGAGGACUUCUUGAUGAAGAGAAAGACCAGCAGUGGAAACGAGCCAUGGAUUACCUCAGUGCGGUGUCAGAGCUCAACUACAUGACGCAAAUCGUCAUCAUGCUCUAUGAGGACAAUAAUAAGGACAUCUCCUCUGAGGAACGUUUCCAUGUAGAGCUCCACUUCAGUCCAGGUGUGAAAAAUGUUGAAGAGGAGGAGAAUGCCCCCACUGGAUUUGGCUUCCGGCCUGCCUCAGCGGAGAACGGGCAAAAAAAGUCUGACCUUGCCAGCUUGGAGGACCUCUCACGAGAUGAAACUGAUCGUGCCGUUCCAGUUUCUGAGCCAAUCACCAUUCAAAGGAGGUCACCUCUUAUUCGCAAUCAUAAAACUGGAUCGAUGGAGGUUCUGUCAGAAACGUCUGCUUCCAAAGGUGGAAGUUAUCGUCUGUUUUCAUUCUGCCCACGUCAGUCUCCUGAGAUGAAACAAAGUGGAUUAGGCUCUCAGUGUGCCGGGCUCUUCAGCACCACCGUCCUCGGUGGCUCUUCUAGUGCGCCUAACCUGCAGGACUACGCACGCGUACACCGCAAAAAAUUCUCCAGCGGCAGUCUGUCCUACAAAGACGGAGCAUGGGGGUACCAGGCCAUUUGA